GCCGUUGUUGUUGUUAUUCGUUUCCUCAUUUUUUUUGCACCUUCUGAAUCAACAUGGUUUUUGUGAAGAAUUGGGAGGAUUUUGAGAUUGCCGCCGAGAACAUGUAUAUGGCAAAUCCACAGAACUGCCGCUACACAAUGAAAUACGUGCAUUCCAAGGGCCACAUACUGCUGAAAAUGACGGAUAAUGUAAAGUGCGUACAGUACAAAGCGGAAAACAUGCCCGACCUGAAGAAAAUCGAAAAGAUCACCAGCAACUUGGUUGGACACAUGGCCUCGAAGGAGUAAAAGUCGAACAACAACAAAACAUUUGGCCACGGCGGCACUUUGGCCCGCUGAGUUUGUUCCACCUAGUUUCUGGUUCUGUGUGCCGUCCCUCACCAGCAAUUGAUUUAGUUUAUAAGCACACCGCUGGCCACAUUCCGGUGUGGCGAUCAGAGUAGUUUUUCCUGUUUAAAUAACAUUUUAUAAAUGUUAGCUCUGUACAUGCCGUGCUCACAGGCAGUUGGUUGGCGGCGCACAAUGAUUUUUGAAAAUUAACAAUAUAAUUUUUUGUAUUUAUCGUAAUGUAAAUGGUCAGUGGUAAACAUUUCCAUGAAAUUCCAUGAAUUUCCUUAAAAUGAAAAUAAACCAAGGAAAAACG